CGAGCAGUAAACUUUGCACUGCUGUUUGCUAGAAAAUUGUAUCUGUUCCAGCGACAUUCCUUGUGUUUACUGUGUGUUUUGGCUUUUUAUAUAUAUAAGCAAGUCAUUAAUCUGGAAGGACUGAACACAGUGAAGCAAUGGAGAUAAAACAUCUUAAAAAUAUUAUUAUUAUUUCCUUUGGAUUUCUCCUUCUAUUCACAGCUUAUGGCGGACUGCAAGCUUUACAGAGCAGCCUGAACCCUGAGAAAGGCCUGGGUGUUGCAUCAUUAAGUGUUGUCUAUGGAUGUCUAAUAUUGUCUUCGAUUUUUCUACCUCCCAUCAUGAUAAAGAAAAUUGGAUGCAAAUGGACUAUUGUCAUCUCAAUGUGCUGUUAUAUAACUUAUUCCAUUGGGAACUUUAAACCAAACUGGUAUAGUUUACUAAUUACCUCAGCAAUUCUGGGUAUUGGAGGAGGACCACUUUGGGCAUCAAAAUGUACUUAUCUCACUAUCAGUGGGAUUACCUAUGCAAAGCAGACUGGCAAAGAGAGAAUGGAUAUUGUGAACCAAUACUUUGGCUUAUUUUUCUUAAUAUAUCAGUCAUCUGGCAUUUGGGGAAAUCUUAUUUCAUCUCUAGUACUCAACCAAAUUCCCAAUAAAGUGGUAACUAAUAAUACGAAUUACACUUAUUGCGGAGCAAAUAACUGUCCCACAUCUACAGCAGAACUUAGCAACACUACGACACCAGUUUCUGGUGUAUCAGACACCCUGCGUUAUACUCUGAUGGGCAUUUAUACAGGAAGUGGAGUUAUUGCCGUUCUACUGAUUGUAAUUUUUUUGGACCACAUCGACUUAUCGGAGGAAACAAAAGAACAAACUGAUGAACCGACUAUUUGGAAUUCAUUACUAGGAACUCUACAACAACUCAAAGAUAUACGGCAGUGGCUUCUUAUACCUUUAACAAUGUUCAGUGGUUUUCAGCAGGGAUUUCUUUCCAGUGAUUAUACCAAGGCUUAUGUUACAUGUACAUUGGGUAUACACUUUGUGGGAUAUGUAAUGAUUUGCUUCGGAGCAACAAACUCCAUUUCCUCAAUGGUUUUUGGAAAACUUUCUCAGUAUACUGGACGGAUUGCUCUUUUUAUGUUAGCUGCAGCCAUCAGUGUGUCUUGUAUAAUCGGCUUGCGACUAUGGAGUCCAAAUCCAAACCAGUUAGCAGUAUUUUUCAUUUUUCCUGCUUUGUGGAGUAUAUCUGAUGCCAUCUGUCAGACACUUCUAAAUGCUUUUUAUGGAGUGCUAUUUGAGGACCACAAAGAAGCUGCUUUCGCAAAUUAUCGUCUCUGGGAAUCUGUUGGCUUUGUUAUUGCAUUUGCAUACAGUAACUUUUUGUGUAUUUCUGUAAAGCUAUAUGUAAUACUUUCCAUCUUAUUGAUUGGGAUGAUCCUUUAUCUUGUGCUUGAGUAUUUAGAAUACAGAAAACAGAAAAUGAGUGCUCAAGAGACAAAUGUACUAAAUAUGACUGAAAGCACAACUGUUCAGAAUGCAAUAGAGUAAUAUGUUUAUACAAUAUGUUUAUGGUUGUCCUUAUAUGUUAUCUAAUAAUUGCUAUAUCAUGUUGCUACUACAGUUGACCAAAAUAAUAAACAUUUGCUUUACCAUUCCCUUGUUAAAUCUGACAUAUAAACCACCCUACAAGGAAAAUCAGAUGGUCAUUUCUAUUAGGUUGGAUCUAACAGCUGGCAGCAAUGCUUAUUGUAAAUGUUGCUACAAGUAAGAUCAAAAUUUGCAUAGCAUGCUGAGGAUAACAAAAAAAUAAUUUAAUUUAUAUGACCAUGCCACGGUCAAAUUUUUAAUAAUUUAUUGUUCAUGUUUUCCUGGAUUCACCCUGCCAGUUACUGUUGCGAUAAUCAUAACUACCAUGAAUCAUGAUGAUAAUUGUACAGUGUAAAGGGGCCUUUACAGGUAAAUUUGAUUUACCCCUUUCCUGACACCCACAGUACAUGUAUGGCUAAUGUCUGGUCUUUAAAGAGGACCCGUUACCACAAAAUUCAGGGCAAUCUGCAGUCACCAUGUUAUAGAGCAGGAGGAGCUGAGCAGAUUGAUAGAUAGUUUUGUGGGAAAAGAUUUAGUAAAACACCUCCCCGUGUUCAACUGAAAAAGCAUAUAUUUAAAAGGAAAUCUGUCACCUACAUCAUGGCUACUAAAGUACAAAGGUGCACUUGGGAAUAAGGUAUUAUGUGCUAUUAGGCAAUUGCUUUACUUUAGUAGCCAUUAUGUAGGUGGCAGAUUCCCUUUAAAUCAUGCUUUUUCUGACUUCAGUUGUACAGGGAGGAGGUGUUAUCAGGGACUGAUAACACUACCUCUGCUCUUCAAGAGGAUUGUCUUAAGUUCACAAAAAUCAGACAUAUAAAUGUAUAAACUACAAGUUUUAAUUAAUCGUUUCCCACAAAACUAUAUAACAAUCAACUCAUGUUUUUCUGCUGUACUGUAUAGCAUGCUACCUGCUGACUGCACUGCAUUCUGUAGUGGCAGGUUCUCUUUAAGAUGGCGCCCACUCAGAAUCUGAGAGGGUUCCAUAUCUGGUGGGUUCCUGCUGUUUUACACAGCAGACACCUAAGAGGUAAUUUACCAGAAAAAGGCAGGUUCCAAUGCUCUAAAGGCUCACCCAUGAUGAAAUUGUGGGAGCUAUGGUGCCUUCUGAACACUCGAGGGCCUGUCAUAGUCAAGCUCUUAUUAAGCCCAGCCUGUGGCAGGGCUUAAUAGGAACAAUGCAAUUGUACCUUAGACUGCGAUAAUAUAUUAUUGGAGUCUGUGGUAUAAGCAAACUUAUGAUGACAUGUUUGGAUAAAAAAAAAAAUAUCAGAAUUUUAAAAAGAAAAGUAAAAAUUUGUCACCCCCUUUCCCUAUCUUGCACAUAAAAAAAUAUAUAUAUAUAUAUUGGUAUUGCUGCAUGCCAAAAUGGCCAAACUGUUAAAGUAAUUUAUCCCACAGAGUGAACUUUCAUGUUCAAAAAAAUGUGUUCAAAAAGCUAUACAUACUUCAAAAUAGUAUAAUUAAAAACAAAAGCUCACCCUGCAAAAAAGAGUCCUCACACAGCUCUGUAGAAAAAAAAAUAUAAAAAUGUUAUGGAUGUCAGAUUUAUGGUGAUGCAAAGAAUUUGUUUACAAAGUUUUUUAUGAAACAUAAAAACAAUAUAAAUCAUAUACAUCAUAUGAAUUAUUAAAUGGUGCAGCGUACAACUUGUCCCAGAAAAAAAAAUGUAAAUGGAAAAAAAGUUAUGGCUUUUGGAAGGCAGUCAGUAAAAAAAAAAA